CCGUACUAACUUUCUUCUUUUCCUCUGCCUAGAAAUGUCGCCAGGAAUGUAAGAAGUCUUGCCCCGUCGUCCGUACGGGCAAGCUCUGUAUCGAGGUCACCCCCGAAUCCAAGAUCGCCUUCAUCUCCGAGCGCCUCUGUAUCGGUUGCGGUAUCUGUCCCAAGAAAUGUCCCUUUGGCGCUAUUCACAUCAUCAACUUGCCCACCAACUUGGAGACUGAGGUCACCCACCGUUAUUCCGCCAACAGCUUCAAGCUGCACCGUCUCCCCAUGCCCCGUCCCGGUCAGGUUCUCGGUCUUGUCGGUACCAACGGUAUUGGAAAGAGCACGGCUUUGAAGAUUCUCAGCGGCAAAUUGAAGCCCAACCUUGGUCGUUACGAUAACCCCCCGGACUGGGAGGAGAUCCUUAAGUACUUCCGUGGUUCGGAGCUGCAGAACUACUUCACCAAGGUCCUGGAAGACAACCUGAAGGCUGUUGUGAAGCCUCAGUACGUCGACCAGAUCCCCAGGGCCGUCAAGGGACCCGUCAAGAACGUUGGUGACCUCAUCAAGGCCCGUUCUCAGCUGGGCAACAUGGAUCACAUCCUGGACACUCUGGAAUUGAGACAGGUCCAGGACCGUGACAUUGACCACCUGUCUGGUGGAGAGCUUCAGCGUUUCGCCAUCGGUUUGGUCUGCGUGCAGAAGGCUGAUGUUUACAUGUUCGACGAGCCUUCUUCCUACCUUGAUGUUAAGCAGCGUCUGGCCGCUGCCCGCACUAUCCGCGAGCUUCUCCGCCCUGACGACUAUGUCAUUGUUGUCGAGCACGAUUUGUCCGUGCUUGACUAUCUGUCCGACUUCGUUUGCGUUCUGUACGGAAGACCCGCCGCCUACGGUGUCGUUACUCUGCCUUCUUCUGUCCGUGAAGGUAUCAACAUCUUCUUGGAUGGUCACAUCCCCACCGAGAACCUGCGGUUCCGUGAUGAGUCUCUCACUUUCCGUCUCGCUGAAUCUGGCGAUGACUUCAUGGUUGACAAGGCCCGUGCUUUCAAGUACCCUACCAUGGAGAAGACUCUUGGCAACUUCCACCUGAAGAUCGACGCCGGUGAUUUCACUGACUCUGAGAUCAUCGUCAUGAUGGGUGAGAACGGAACCGGAAAGACUACUUUCUGUAGAAUGCUUGCUGGUGUCGAGAAGCCCGACAAUGGCAUCACCAUUCCCCGCUUGAACAUCAGCAUGAAGCCCCAGAAGAUCACGCCCAAGUUCCAGGGUACCGUCCGUCAGCUGUUCUUCAAGCGUAUCAAGGCCGCUUUCCUGUCGCCCCAGUUCCAGACCGAUGUCUACAAGCCCCUCAAGAUUGACGAUUUCAUCGACCAGGAAGUCCAGAACUUGUCCGGUGGUGAAUUGCAGCGUGUCGCUAUCGUGCUGGCACUCGGAAUGCCCGCUGAUAUCUACCUGAUUGACGAGCCCAGUGCUUACCUCGAUUCCGAGCAGCGUAUCAUAGCUGCCAGAGUCAUCAAGCGUUUCAUCAUGCACACCAAGAAGACCGCUUUCAUCGUCGAGCACGAUUUCAUCAUGGCCACUUACCUGGCUGACCGUGUCAUUGUCUUCGACGGUAAGCCGUCCAUCGAUGCUCACGCUAACAGCCCCGAGUCCCUCGUCACUGGUUGCAACACCUUCCUGAAGAACCUGGAUGUCACCUUCCGCCGUGACCCCAACAGCUACCGUCCUCGUAUCAACAAGAACCAGAGUCAGAUGGACCAGGAGCAGAAGCUCCAGGGCAACUACUUCUUCUUGGAAGAUGAACAGUGAAAAGGCCGUUCCUGGCAAACAUAACCGCGUGCCUCGCGAUGGCGACGGCCGCGAUUCCGACCGGCGGCGCCACCGACGUCGCCGGCACCGGAGGUACCUUUGGCUAGUUGCGUUUUUUGGCGGUACUAAGGCCUCAGCAGCUCUGGGCCGGCGCGGCCAUCGUGGCGGUCGCCGGCCUAGUGAGGGAAGUGGUGUUGUGGAGGAGGAGGAUGAGGACG